CGAAGGGAAGCUGUGGCGACUGCAUGUGGGGCUGGCAGCCCCCCAACUGACUGAAGAACAUGAAAGGAAUGGAUUUGCACCUUUCCUUUCUUCUCUGGAGAGCUUGGAAAGGGUUUGGUUGGGGCUGUCCGCCUCUAAACGUCAACUUUGCAGGGGUGGAAUGUAUUGUACAUAAAAAAUGAAGGGCGGCUCUUUUUCAUGGGAGAGGCAUUUUCAGCUGCCAUAAAGAAGACUAAGUUUCUAUGUUUAGAAAUGCUCUUUCGUCUUUCAAAGUUGGGGUGGGUUUUGUAGUUCCAUUCUUCCAUUUAAAAGAUAAUAUUCUUUCUACUAUACUGAUUUGGCCUCUGCUUUCUCUUCCAGGUGGGGCUAUUGACCUUCUGGGGAGAAAUAUUCCCUCAAUCCUGAGAAAGACUAAAGGAAUGGAUCCAAAUAUAAGCAGAAGGCUUUGCAUUAAACCCCAUGAAGAAGGUCAGCAUCAGCCAAAAAGUCGGUCUACUUCGAGGGUGCCUGGACACAAGCCUACAGACUGGGACAAAAGAUUUUUGUUGUGGGCAGGCCAUUUCAAAAAAACAGAGGAUAUACCAGAGACUGUCUCGAUUGAUACAAUCAGAGCAGCAAAGACCACACGGCAUGUGAAGCUCAGCUAUGUGAUGAUUGCCUUGACAAUAGUGAGAUGCAUAAUCAUGGUGAUUAGAGGAAAGCAGGCUGUAAAAAGGCAUCAAACUCUUACAAGCAUAAACUUGGAAAAGAAAGCACAAUGGAGAGAAGAAGCUACUCAGAGCACAUCUGCUAAACCUUAAAGGAGG